AUGCGCCUCCAUUUGAGCAUUUUUAUGCUAGGAGUUGGGCUCGUACUAGUGUCGGCACAGAACGAUGGGAAAUAUAGACCGUCACCAAGCGAACUAACAACUCAGCGGCCACGCUAUCGGCCCUACGUUGAUGGAAGAUAUUUGCAGUAUCCGUACAGCCCUUAUCGUUACACGAACGAUCAGCGAUAUUACAACCGAAACGAUGGUCGAUAUAAUCCGGGUAACGAUGGAAGAUACGUACCAAGGAAUGAUGGCCGUUACGUGCACGUAGACAACCGAUACAAGCACACGGAAGGACCUAGUGGUAGUGGGGCGGGUCGUCAAGGAGCAUCGGGUGGAGCCGGCGGUGGAGCAGGUGCCUCAGGAGCUAGUGCAGCCGGAGGAGCCAGUGCUGCUGAUUCCAAUCCCCCAAAACCCGCAACAACUACUGCACCGCCAUCUACAUCACCACCGACCGCUGUACCAACGUUGGCCAGAAUAGCCCAGGUUAAGGUCGCUCCAAAGCCAGCGUACGCCCCAGAUGGAUGGAAAAUAAUUCGUCUAGAAAACCAAGUUGAACAAGAUGGCUACCACUACGUAUUUGAGACAGAAAACGGAAUCUUGGCCGAAGAGGCGGGACGUAUCGAAGACAAGGGCACGGCCGCGGAAGGACUUCGUUCGCAAGGCUUCUACCAAUACGUCGGUGACGAUGGAGUUGUCUAUCGUGUCGAUUAUGUAGCCGAUGGGAAUGGUUUCCUGCCGCAGGGUGAUCAUAUACCGAAGGUGCCGCCAGCGAUCGAGAAACUGCUGAAAUAUUUAGCCGCCCAGCCAAAGUGA